AUGGCGACGCUGUCUCUCCGCACGAGCGUGCGUGUGCUCCCUCUCACCCGGACGCUGGGGGUGCGGUUCCGAAGCACUGCUCCCACUCCUAUCCCCGUUCCGCCCUCCCUCGCGUUCGCCUUUGACAUCGACGGCGUUCUGAAGCAGGGCCACCACGUCCUUCCCCAGGCCAAGCGCACACUCCAGUUCCUGGCCAAUCUCGAUGGACGCCUCGAGCGGCCCGUCCCCUUCCUCCUCAUGACGAAUGGGGGCGGUGUCCCCGACGCGGAGCGCCGGAAGGCCCUCUCCCGCGACUUUGACCUCGAGCUGGGCGAGAACCAGCUCGUGCAGAGCCACACGCCGCUGCAGGCUGUCGUUGGACAGUACAAGGAUCGGCCAGUGCUGUGUAUUGGUGGACCGGGGGAUAAUGCGCGCAGGGUUGGCGAAUCGUACGGCCUCAAGAAGGCCGUGAUACCGCAGGAUAUCAUCCACUGGCGCCGCUCAAUUUGGGACAAGACCGACCCGCCGCCCGAGUCCAUGGUCCGCCACGACAUUGACUUCAACACGACGCCGAUUGAGGCCAUCUUCGUCCUGCACGACUCGCACGACUGGGGCCGCGACCUGACCCUCAUCAACGAGCUGGAGCAGUCUGAGGGAGGUCUCCUCGGCACCAUGCGCAAGGACAGGCACAAGCAGAAGGAGGGCGGAGAGGUCCCGCUGUGGUUCUCGAACCCGGACCUGGAGUGGAAGUCUGACUACCCUGUUGUUCGCCUCGGUAUGGGCGCGUUCCGCAUUUCCGUCGAGGCUGUCUACAAGGCGUGCACUGGUCUACCGCUCAUCUACCACCAGUACGGCAAGCCGCACCACGCCUCGUACGACUUUGCCAACACCAUGCUCGACAGGCAGGCGAAGAGCCUCGGCGUCAACGGCCCGCUGGACGUGUACAUGAUCGGCGACAACCCUCUUAGUGACAUUGACGGCGCGAACCGGUACGGUUGGAACUCGGUGCUCCUUCGCACGGGCGUGUACGCCGGCGGCGAGCCGGCCAAGAAGCCGACCAUGAUCACCGACGACGUCGAGCUCGCUGUCGAGUGGGCAUGGAAGAACGAGCUGAAGAAGAUGCAGGCGUAG